AUGUCCCUGGCGAUCUACGUUGCUCCCAUGGCUCUGAUCAUCAUCUUGUCUGUCUGGUGGAAGCCUCGCAUCCUGCCCAACGGACACCCACCUGUCAUCGAUAUCCCGGCUGAAGACAUGUUUCGAAACCCUCGAAAAGCAUACGAAUCGGCUUUGAAAGAGCACGGGCCCGUAAUAGGUGUAUACAGGAAAGGAAGGCUCGAGUUCAUAGUCAACGAUCAAUUUACUACCGAAGUUCUCACCAAUGAUUCCGUCUUUAGCUUUGAGAGUGGUACUCUUACGGUACUAAAUCUGCAUCCGCUACUACUGCUUCCUCGGAGUUUCAUCCGCGACAUCGACAAACUAGUCAAUGAGGGCCUUGUUCCCCUCAUGAAUCAGAUAAUUCAGAAAAUCACUCCAAUAUUCGAACAAAAUAUGCGUGAGUUGACCGACAAGGCGCAAAAUGCUACAUCCAGGAAUCCGGUUCCGGUCGAUUUGGCCAGGUUAGUCCACAAGACUAUGGCGGAAUCGAUGCUUACGAUCAUCUUUGGAGAGACGUACACCACCCUGGCGGAUAUCCAAGCGGCGGAAACAAUCGCUUCCGACAUUGCUGUCCUUUCAGGAAUCUAUCAGAACAUAGGAUACUGGUCUCGGACAUUUCCAACUACGUGGAGAGUCAUCACAUGGGUACGCGUAAUGGGAUUCUCAAUUCCUUGGAACUUUGUUCGCAUAAUCGGAUUCCGCGUCUGGAAAGACCUAAGACUCAGCUCAAAAACUGGCGCUACAGGUCACCUCCACAAGCCUCAGGAAUCUCUGCUCCACUACCUUGCCCAGCGCUACUCUUACAAAGAUGCGCAUGUCGUUCGGCUAACACUGCUCGACAGCCUAUGGAUAUUAGGCCUCACCCUUGGUUUACUCUUUGCCUCGAUCCACCAAACUGCCGCGGUCAUCGUCUGGGUUGUGUUCGAGCUGGCCGUGCGUCCUGAAGUCAUACCGACCUUGCGUGCAGAGCUCCAAGAUAUACUUGAAGUGGACGAGCAUACUGGAAAGCUUGCGCUAACAAACGCUUCCUUGAAGAAAGCUGAGCGGCUCGACUCGUUCAUUCGGGAGGUCAUGCGCACGAAGGGUGAUACUUUGUCAACGAUUCGGCUCACUAUGCGAGAUGUCACACUCGGUGGAUACACUAUUCCAAAAGGACAGUUGGUGUGUCCCCUUGCGACAUUGUCCCACAGGAAUCCCGCAUACCAUGGCGAGGAUGCUGAAGAGUUUGUCAGCGAUCGGUGGGUGGGCCAUGGCAAGCCGGCAGUCAUGGUAAGUCCCACCUACUGGCCGUUUGGUCUAGGGAGAUUCGCAUGCCCAGGACGAGCGCUAGCCGUCGCAGAGAUCAAGUUGGCGGUAUUCUUUUUAAUAUCUCGGACUUUCCCAGCCCUAGAGGGAGACAAGUACGAAGUCGUAGACCCUUUGAAUAUCACGUCGGUACCACCCGUGGGACGAUUGUUGAUUCGACCAGCUCCUCCGGUGUUUUGAGCAUGAAAGUCCGGGCCCCACAUAUUUGAUAGCACGGAGCGGUGUGUUUGUGUUCCAUUUUGAUCUAGUCUGCUGACUGUGUACUUUUUUUAGAGCAUUGAUUCUUUUCGUACUUUGUAUACAUUGCGAAUAGAUACCGAUUGUUAGGAAGGGCGAAUAUAUUCACUUCGGAUAAAGCGAGCUUUAGAACUUUGUG